AUUCUCGGAGGAAAUGUCCAAAAAGUCCGUGAUAGUUGGCCUUCCAAUCGUUCCGUACAACCAAAACAAACUGAAAGAUUUGACCACAUCGUUGAGAAUGUAGCACAAUGGCAUACCAAGCAGUCAUUUCUUGGGGUAUGUUGUCCGUUGGAAGCAUAUCAGGGCCGCAGAGCACAGUGGGGGGGGGGGAGGGGGCUGGUGGGCCUUAUCCCCCACCCAAUAAUUUUUCAUACGUAUGUGAUUUUUAUAAACUAAUAAUACUGUCUGAAAUCUUUCAGAUGAGUUAUACGUAUACUAUAUAGCCAAGAAGUAUUCAAUCUAUUUGUGGUUGGAUCAAGCAUGCAAAUGAUGCAUGGGUAAAUAUUAGAUUAACAGUCGUUUAUUACUAAACUUUAGUAAAUUUGAUUGCAUUCCCGGGGCUAUGGGAGGUAUCAGACUUCACAAUUUCUCGGGGGAGCCUUCGACAUUCGCUAUAGCCCCCCCCCCCCAAUCCAAAAAUGGCUCCGCGAUCCCUGAUAGUGAUUAUACAGUCAAUGGUGACAGAAGUGAGAAUUUAUAAUUAUUCUUACAUGCAUGCUAGCACAGCUGAAUAUAUUAGAGAUAUGUUAUGUUAGAUAUCUGCUAGGAUCUGCGCAGGAGAUAGUUAUACGAAACUGAAAAUCUGUUAAACAAAUUAUAUUGACCUCGUCAUUAAAAUAUCCUUUAAUUUAUAAAAACUUACAUACAGUCUAAUUUAAUAUUGGUUGAACCAUUAUGCAAUAAUCAUCGGACGAUUUUAGAACGCUUGAAAAAGUCACUAUUCUGUGGAAAACGCUUUCCGCGGACUCUGCUUUAUCGUUUACGAUGUACGACUACCACGUGUGUAGUUUCCUUACAAAUUUGAAUGUGAUAACGGGGCCAUUAGGUAAAUCUCAAUUCUUAGAAACGUUUUGGCUUAAAUAUCACGCAAAUUUACCAUAUAGCCUGUAAAGGAUUUUGUGAUUGUAAAAUCAUUUACACAACUUUGUUACACAGUUAAUCAGCAAUCAUUCGAAGGUUUUGAGAAAUUAUUGGGGCGAUAGCCCCCUUCGCCCCUCCCCCCCCCCCGCUCCUAGUGUCGAUUGAAUUGAUUUUUGUACAUAUUGUGAAAUGUUUUGUUUCCUUUUACAGUAUGUGUGGGAGCAAAUUUUCCGACCCAAUGCCGUCUCAGGAAGAGAGCAAGGCACUCUGUAUAAUCUGCGACAACAGUUCCGCCUGACCAACGUCUACACGAAGGUGAAAAAAAAUUACAAAAGUGCUGAGCAUCUUAUGUUGUCCGCGACGAAAGCCUAUUUAUGCGACGCCUUUAUGGCAUGGGCGGGAUUGGAGAAUCUCGAUGGGACACCCACAAAGAUAUGCGUUCCUUCAAGCGACAGUUCCGAAGAAGAAAAGAAAAUUUUCCUUGAUUCUACCAUUGGGAAAUUCGUGGAUAUGUUCGUUCUCGCGGAGUUUGACGUCGAGAAGAAACAAAGAGAAGAAGUGGAAAAAAGAAAGGAUUCCGGGAAAGAAAGCACAUCGCUUCAGCAACUAAAAAACGGCAAGUGGCAACUGACAAUUAUAAUAUUUAUAGGUAGACAUCUAAAAGCCAUAUGCAAUUCGUUUCUUAGAAAAUAUGAAGAGAUAUAUAGAAAAUAAUACAUGGGUGCGCAGAAAUACCAGAUUUAUUUCGAGUGUUGAGAACAUGUAUCAUGUUCGACACGAGAAAUAAAUCUGGCAUUUCCAAGCAUCCAUGUACAGUAUUUUUCUGUUUGCUAUAUAAAGGAUAGUCUUUAAAAAGCGAUAAUUUUUACAGAAAAGGGAUAAUUUUCACAUGUGAAAUUAUCAUAAAUAAUCUCACAUGUGAGAUAAUCAGUUUAUAAGUGCUCGAAAUCACUAUAAUACCAACAUUUUUUUCAAAGAGUGUUCAAAUGAAUCUUUUGGAUCAUGCAUGUUAGCUAUAUUUUUUAUACUGUAUGUUAGAUUAAUCGUAUAUCUUGCCAUGCAUAUAGGUCAAACAGUUAUGAUGGUUCAAUUGGUCGGGCAGCAAAUGCAUAUACUUGGCACUGGAAAGAUAGACGACCCGGCUAUGUUACCAGAUUCGACACAUAUUCAGCUAAAAGUAUCGUCCAUUAGCAAUAUCGCAACAUCUAUAGCAAGCGUAGGACAACUCGUCCGGUGGCCUCGAGCUAGUUUGGCGAUAAUUAAACCUCCUGCCGAACCAAAUACAGGGAGUGAAAGCGAAGACAAUUCUAGCGACUCAGAUAAUGAAGACGGUGUGAUGAACUACGCAUUACAAGUCAUUCAGUUAGGCGUGUUCCUCGUGCAGCUAAAUGAUACCGAGAAAGAAGGUGAUGGAGAACGCUGUUUGAUGAAUUGGAAACUGCUGAUGCUCUAUUUUAGAGCAAGGAAGCGUGGAAUGAAGUAUGCAUUUGAAGCAAUGCGGCUACUAACGUUCACGAAGGCACUGCUUACCGAACGACAGGCCCAUAGAGUUAUACAUGGGCAAUUCGUGAAUACCAAAGGUGGAGUUGGUAAAAAUAUGCCGAAUGACCUAAAGAUGGAAACCAUGGUUAAAAAUCACAAAAAAGUCUUAAGAGGAUUAUGUGGCAACAAAACCUUAAAAGCAAUUCAGAGAGCAACUACGGCAACGCAUGGGUUGAAGACCAUAGUGGAAGCGAUCGACCAAGAGAGCAACGUAACGCCAGAUUCGACACACCACACACACGCGAGCACAGAAGAGUUGGUGAAAGAAAUGGUUAAAGUCAUUCAAAAGGUAAAUCCCUUUGAACCCUGUCCAGGAAGGCAGUUUCUUUCAUUUCCAAAUAUACCGAAGAGCCCAUUAAAGAAUUUAAACGUUACGGCAUUGCACAAAUGGUUGUCAGCAAACAAGAAGAGAAUGGGUCAAGAUGUCUUCGCCAUGUCGGAUGAGGUGGAUAGUGAGGACGACAGUGAUGAUGGACAAGAAAAUAGUGAGGAUAACACGACGGACUCUGAAGAGGAAGGUGAGAUUUAA